UACUAUACUUCAAGUUCACAGCACAAUACCAAACGACGUCGCCGGAGGCGGCAACCAAACGGGAACGGCAGAAAUGGAGGCUGAUCAGUCACACACCAUCCCAAAUCCUUCGUCUUUGCGAUGGCAAAUCCUCCGGCGCGCCAUUCAACGCCCUCCUUCAUCUAAUUCCGAAAACUCGUCAGAAGAAAUCAAUUUAGAUAAAGUAUCGCGAAGAGCGAGAAAUGGAUUCAAUUUAAUACCGUGCCAUACAGUGAACGAAAGUGGCGAAGAUUCAGAUCCUUCCCCACGGAAGAGAGAUGCUCUUUUCUGCUACACGUUGCCGUUUCCUAAUGCUCCCAAGCUUUUCCUACGCCAGAGAUGGGAAGAUUGCGUUGAUCUGAAUGACUUCGAAGUCUGUAAUCGAUUUGAUAUUGACAACACGGGACUUGUAUGUCAGUGGCCUUCAGAGGAUGUACUUGCGUAUUAUUCCAUGUCGCAUAUUGGUAGCUUCAGGAACAAAAGAGCAAUUGAACUUGGAUCGGGGUACGGGUUAGCUGGCUUAGUUAUUGCUAUGGCCACAGAAGCAUCAGAAGUUGUGAUAUCAGAUGGAAACCCUCAAGUCGUUGAUUAUAUACAGCGUAACAUAGAUGCGAACUCUGCUUCAUUUGGCAGUACAAAGGUGAAGUCAAUGACACUUCAUUGGGGUCAGCAUCAAGUCUCCGAUAUUUCCGGCACAUUUGACGUCAUUAUUGCAAGUGACUGCACUUUCUUUAAGGAAUUCCACAAAAGCCUGGCUCGAACAAUCAGAUGCUUGCUGAAAGAAAGUGGUCCCUCUGAAGCAAUACUUUUUGGCCCCAAAAGAGGCGAUUCGUUGGAUAAGUUUCUUCUGGAAGUUAAGGAGAGUGGGCUGCAAUUCACCGUAACUGAGGCCUACGAUACAGAAAUUUGGAGGCGGCAUGAAAAUUUAAUCAACGGUGGUGAUCACUCGUGGCCCAACUACGAUCCAGAUCACUGUUACCCUUUACUGGUCAUCAUUACACGGUGAACUUUUUAUACUCCGAUUUUAGCCAUUUCUUGUUUUUGAUUAUUUUUCAAGAUAGACUCGUCUACCCUUAUUUAAAAUAUUGUGCUCGUUUUUAUUCGAACGUCUUGUAAUGCCUGUAGUAAUAGUAAUUUCUAAAUUUACAGUUCAUAUUGAAAAAGGUGUUGAUGGAUAUAAUGCUUUUUUUCUUUCUUUUUAUGUAUCUUUGUGUAUUUUA